AUGCAACAAACAAUUCACUAUAUAUUCUCGACCUGUCAACUGGAGUAAAAGAACCUAUUACACAUUUUUGCGCUGAUAAAAAUUAAAUUUGUUUGUUAAAGUGACAUCGUCCAUAAAUUACAUUCUGUCUCUAAUUUUUUCGUUGCGCUAAGAGAGAAAAUGUCUGAUUUCGAAGAAAAUGAUGACUUCAUGUGCGACGAUGAAGAAGAUUACGGAUUGGAAUAUUCGGAAGAUAGUAAUUCGGAGCCGGAUGUUGACUUAGAGAAUCAAUAUUACAAUAGUAAAGCGCUGAAAGACGACGAGCCAAAAAAUGCGCUUCAAUCAUUUCAAAAGGUGCUCGAUCUGGAGAACGGCGAGAAAGGCGAAUGGGGAUUCAAAGCACUUAAACAAAUGAUUAAGAUUAACUUCAAAUUAUCCAACUAUCAAGAGAUGAUGAUUCGCUAUAAGCAAUUGCUCACGUACAUUAAAAGUGCCGUCACACGGAACCAUUCGGAAAAAUCCAUCAAUUCUAUUCUAGACUACAUAAGUACAUCAAAAAACAUGGAACUUUUGCAAAACUUCUAUGAAACAACGUUGGAAGCAUUGAAAGAUGCCAAAAAUGAUCGGUUGUGGUUCAAAACCAAUACGAAACUUGGUAAAUUGUACUUUGACCGAAACGAUUUCGCCAAAUUGCAAAAGAUUUUAAAACAACUACAUCAAUCGUGUCAGUUGUUGACUUUUCAGACCGAUGACGGUGAAGAUGAUUUGAAAAAGGGCACGCAAUUGCUUGAAAUUUAUGCGCUAGAAAUCCAAAUGUAUACAGUACAGAAAAACAAUAAGAAACUCAAAGCACUGUACGAACAAUCAUUGCACAUCAAAUCGGCUAUUCCGCAUCCAUUGAUUAUGGGCGUUAUUCGAGAAUGCGGUGGUAAAAUGCACUUGCGUGAAGGUGAAUUCGAAAAGGCUCACACUGACUUCUUUGAGGCCUUCAAAAACUACGAUGAAAGCGGUUCGGCACGUCGUACAACAUGCCUUAAAUACUUGGUGCUCGCCAAUAUGUUGAUGAAAUCGGACAUCAAUCCAUUCGACUCACAAGAAGCGAAACCGUACAAAAACGAUCCGGAAAUUUUGGCGAUGACGAACUUGGUUGUAUCUUAUCAAAACAACGAUAUCAACGAAUUUGAAUUGAUUUUGAGAAAGAACCACAACAAUAUUAUGGCCGAUCAAUUCAUCAAGGAGCACAUUGAAGAUUUGCUGCGCAACAUUCGUACACAAGUGUUGAUCAAAUUGAUUCGACCAUACACUCGCAUUGCCAUCCCAUUCAUCUCAACGGAAUUGAAUAUUGAACCUGCCGAGGUUGAGAGUUUGCUGGUCUCUUGCAUUUUAGACAAUACAAUUCGUGGUCGCAUCGAUCAAGUGAAUCAAGUUCUUGAAUUAGACAAAGAAUCCCGAAGCUCUGUACGCUAUCAGGCCAUGGAUAAAUGGGCUACACAAUUACAAUCACUGCAAUUGGCUGUUAUCAAUAAAAUGUCUUAAGGUGUUUGUGUUCACGCUUAACGCAAACCCAAACAUACAACAAACUCAAUCUGCCAAGAAAAUUCAGAAAAUGUUAUUUAACAAAUCAAUUUAAGAUCGAUACAUGAACUUCUAAUGAAGAAGAAAUUCAUUGUGAAAAUUGUAAUCAUUUUAAUACAAAGAUUAAAUUAAAAAAAUGAAAAUAACACA